AUGUCUUUGAGCAAAGAAGAGCAAGAUUUUGACCUACAAGAACCAUUAACUUCAAGUACUACCCCAUUGUCCAAUUCCACACUAACUAUUAGAGUUAUCAAAUCAUUUCCAUAUAGAAAUGUUAAAAACUUUAUUUUGAGAAAUUAUAAUUUAAAGGAAAAAACCGGUUAUGAUCUUUUUAAUGACUGUAUUAAACAUAUUCAAACAGACGGUGCUUUCAGACCUUUUCGUAAUGUCAACUAUGAUACAAUGAAGAUUUAUACCCAUGCGCAUGGAUUUAAGACUGUUAAUCUAGUUAUAAAUUUCGAACAUGACGAUGAUGACUGGGUUCUGGAUAUCAAAAAUCCAAAGGGGAAACCCUUAUGCGAAUACGAUAUCGAAAAUGAAACUGAGAUAUCCUUAUAUAAUUUAGAAGAAUACAUUAAAUAUAAGGUUAAUCCAGUAGAAAAAUGGUAG